AUGGUAAUUAAAUUAUGCCCAUAUGGUCUGGCAAGUUCCGGUGCUUAUAUCGAUGUUGUGGACGAUCGGGUUGUUGAGGGAGAAGGUGCCGAGAGGAGCGAGAAAGGGGGAGUUCUGAGAGUUGGACUCAUCUGCGGAGGUCUGUCUGCUGAGCGUGGGAUAUCUUUGAAUUCCGCAAGAUCAGUCCUCGAUCAUAUACAGAACAACAAAAUGGAGAAUGAAAUUGAAAAUGUAAUUGAGAGUGAAAAUGAAGUGGAGAAUGUGAUUGAAGAGAAGGAAGAAGAGGAACAUGUCGCAUCCUCUGACAGUGAGAAAGAGGAAGAAAAAGAGAAAGAGAAGGAGAAGGAGAAAGAGAAAGAGAAAGAGGAGGAAGAACAUGAGCAUCCUCUUGAUUUCAAUGGACAUUGUAACCUCUGUGAUGGGAAGUACGGCAAAAAAGUUAAGCAUCACCAAUUCGCAAAUAGGGCAGAACUGUCCGAACAUCGUGAGAGGCGCCGCCACUAA